GUCGACGCUCUAGCCCGCCGGGCGCUCGCUGCCCCGCUGCCUGUGCAGAGUAGGCGCUCUAGUCCGCGGAGUUAGCUUCCUCUUCUCGCCAGCGCGGGGGAAGAGCCCUCCAUCCGGCGGUACCAGACGCGGGCUGGGAAUUCCGGGUGCUCGGUUCCCUCGGUCCCAGAGACACGAGACGUGCGUGGGAGGAGGGCUCGCGUUUGUAUGCUUAGCCCUCGACCCCCGUCUGUCAUGGACCUCGCCGGCACCUGCUCCAGCUUUCAGUCGGACCUGGAUUUCUGUCCUGAUUGCGGCUCGGUCCUGCCUCUGCCAGGAACUCAGGAUACAGUCACUUGUACGCGCUGUGGCUUCUCCGUCAACGUGCGAGACUUCGAAGGGAAGGUUGUGAAGACCUCAGUUGUGUUCCACAAACUGGGGACGGUCAUGCCUAUGUCGGUGGAGGAAGGACCUGAAUGCCAGGGACCCGUGGUUGACAGGCGCUGCUCUCGAUGCGGUCACGAGGGAAUGGCAUACCACACCAGACAAAUGCGCUCAGCUGAUGAAGGGCAGACUGUCUUCUACACCUGUACCAACUGCAAGUUCCAGGAAAAAGAAGACUCUUGAUUUUUAUUUUGUUUUUCUGGGCGACUCAACAACCCCUCCCUCUUCCUUGGAAGGUGAAGGGUAUUGGAUUCUUAGACCCCGUGGCGAUCCCCUGGUUGUAAUAUUUGGCUCCCAGAAGAGAAGCAGAUCAUCAUGUGGGGAUUACCAUUGUGCUUAUUCUUAUUCCUAGUUGAAUUUUCCUAUUAAAGUUAUAUUUUUCUAUAA